CAAAUAAAUUGGCUUUGUAAUACUUUAGUAUAUACUCGCAUCGCAAUAUUCACAUUGUCUGAGCAUGUUAAUAUGAAAUUAUUGUUGUCGGAUUUAAACACGUGAUCCAAGGCCAAAGAUGUACAUUGUGACACGAUUAAUCGAAUUAACUGGACUGUGAAAAAAUAUAACAGACUAUUUAAAUCCAGAAAUCCAUUGUUUUGAUGACUAAAUUUCAUGUUUCAAAGUGAGUGUUGUUGCUAUUAGUUGUAAUCAAACUCUCAGUGCUAUUCAUUGUGAUCUAUUGACGCUCUUUAGCCGUGUUGAUAAAGUGAUAUUUAGGCCACAAUGCAAUGUUUCUAACUAGAUGUGUUUAAAGAAGUUGACCAUGCGACAAUCAUCACCUCGGUCAGGGCUCUGUGCAAUGUGAGCGGACAUCCUCGCAGCCAUGUGGACCGAUGUAGCGGGCAUGCUGGCCCUGCUGACCGCCGUCGCUGGGAACAUCAUCGUGUUCACCCAAGAGACACCGCAUGUGAUAGCGGAGGAAUUCCUCGACAUGCCGGCGUCUUUCGGCGGCGAGAUUCCCGUCGACGGCUUGCGCGGUCUCGUGGUACCGGUGGAGCCAGCUGACGGCUGCGGCAACAUCACGCGGCCGCCGCUCGAGGACAACUUCACCGGCCGGUGGAUCGCGCUCAUAGCGAGGUGAGCUAACAUUGUGCAGCAGGUCUCGUG